AUGUCCAUGGAUGCGAUGAGGAUAUUCCAGCGACACGGACAAACAUUAAGACACUCCUCUCCUCGUCUUCGAGAAAAGAAAAUGCAUCCCUCCGCCUGCGCCUUCGUGUUGGUAACCCUGCUCUCGGUUUCUCUGGCUUUACCGCAAGGAAAUGUCCCUGUUCCCCGGGCAUUGAUCGAACUGCGCAAGCCCCUCACGCAUCUCGACAUGGAGACUUUGAGGGCGAACAUGAACUCUCGCCCCAAGGUUGAGUUCUACGUCAAGUGCGUGACUGUCGGAGAACCCUGCGACAGGGUUGGACACGCGCUCAAGAACCUCCUCGCUGCCGAAGCGUCCGGCUCCACCAACUGCCGCGGCUGCACUGAGAGCGAACUGGAGCGAGUCAGGUUCGUGAUGAACUCCCUGGAAAAAGACUACAAGGACCUGGCGUGCGAGCUUCACAAGUCCAGGGACAUCCCGAUCUUCCCUAGAAAUCCCUGCGUUUGAAGCACCAGAUCGCAAGACAUCAUCACAGAAGAGCAUUUUAAUUAGAGUUUAAUUAAAAUUUUAUUCAAGGAUGAAGAUGUGGCUUCAUUUGCUUGUACAGCUUAGGUAGUAAAUAAAUGUUUAUCUCGAA